ACAUGGAAUGAGAUAAAAACAGUUUCCAUUCUUGACCAGAAUAAUAAAAGUAUUUUUAUAUCAUCUCAUUACUAACCAGCAAAAAGUAAAGAGACAAGAAGUCAUCUAUCUUUGUAGAUCACCAUCAUCAACAUCUAAAGUCUAAACCUUUAAUCAAUGGGAAGAAUCACUAGCUUCGCAGAUCUAAUCGGAAUCAUCAAAGACAAAGCUUCUCAAGGCAAAGCUGCUCUCGUCUCAUCAAACCCAAAAGGCAAAUCUCUCUCUUUCCAUCUCUCCGUCCUCCGUGCCACCACUCACGACCCUUCAACUCCUCCGGGAUAUCGUCACCUCAACGUUCUCCUCUCCGCCGGUACUGGCUCACGAGCCACCGCAGCUUCCGCCGUCGAAGCCGUAAUGGAACGUCUCCACACAACCGGAGACGCCUGCGUCGCUCUCAAAUCAUUGAUCAUCGUCCAUCACAUCGUCAAACAUGGUCGCUUCAUCCUCCAGGAUCAGCUCUCUGUCUUUCCUGCUUCCGGUGGUCGGAACUAUCUGAAACUUUCUGGGUUUAGAGAUGAGAAGUCUCCUUUGAUGUGGGAGCUUUCUUCUUGGGUCCGAUGGUACGGUUUAUACCUUGAGCAUCUGUUAUCAACUUCAAGAGUCAUGGGGUUCUUCGUUUCUUCAACAUCGAGCACAACUCACAAAGAUGAAUACGAAGACAUGGUUUCGUCUCUUACCAACACUGAUUUGCUUCGUGAACUCGACGCGCUUGUCGGUUUACUACAAGAAGCAUGUAAGAUUCCGGAUAUACCCUCCUGUGGUGGUGGUAAACCUCUAGCCGACAAGAUCAUCCGUUUGGUCGGAGAAGACUAUGUUUCUUCAGUCAACGAGCUUUACACGAGACUCAACGAGUUUAAAGAGCGGUCCAAUACUUUGAGUUUCGGAGAUAGGGUAGAGCUUGUCUGUGCUUUGAAGAGGCUUGAGAGUAGGAAAGAAAGAUUGUCUGAAAUUUGGUGUGGGAAUUGGAAGAGAUCUUGGCUCGAUAAGUUCUGGAGUUUGGUUAGUGAGGUCAAGGGCGUGAUUGGUGGUUUAGAGGAUGCUUAUGAGCAAAUUGAGAAAACUAUUGUUGGGAUUGGGAGGAGAGAAAAAGGAUAUGAAUCAGCCCGGUUUAGUGAUCGGUUAGUUAUUGGUUAUGGUGAUGAUACAGUUAGUUUUUCUUCCGGUAGAUUUUCAAAUGUUGGUCGGUUUAAUUAUCCGGUUGAACAUUGUGUUGUGCAAACGACUUUGAACGUCUUGUGAAUUUUUCAUCUGGUCAGAUGUCUUGUGGAUUUUGAGACAAAGAGUAAUAUAUACAGUUCGAAAUCAGAAAAGAUAGUUAUAUAACGAUCACUAUUAUUAGAGGAUAUAUAGUUCGUUUAUAGUUGUUGGUAUAUGGUUUACUUUGGUUUAUGAUCCCACUUGUGUUUAAGCACACUUGUUCUCUACGUUUCAAUCGAAUGAAGUUUAUUUUACAAUU